ACAUCGAAGUGAGCGCGCAUGGCAGACGAACGCAUCCUACUAAACGUCAAAAGUUGGCGGGAAACCUAAAUUAUUUUAAAAUAUUCAAAUUAAUUUAUAGGGAUGUUUUGGAGGACUCAUUGUGUUGUUUUAGAUAAUUUCAAAUAGUUUAGUUAGAUAAUUAAAUGUAAUAUUAAGUGAUUCCGUAAUUAUUUCAUAAUGAAGUUACUUGUGUUUUUAAUUAUUGCUGGUUGUGCAGUUAGAUGUGAUGAGUCUGGUAACUACUACGUAAUAGAACGGCCAUCAGACUCGCCCGUCCGAGAAGUCAGGCCGUUUCAAGUAUACUGGAACGUGCCCACCUUCCAGUGCAAAUCCAAGAAGAUCGUUUUCGAAAACCUGUUCGACAAGUACGGAAUUAUACAGAACCAGAAUGACAUUUUUCAGGGAGAGCAGGUCACAAUUCUGUACGACCCCGGGCUCUUCCCCGCGAUCCUGCAGGAGGAGAGCAGCGGCAAGCUGAGGACCCGCAACGGCGGGGUGCCGCAGGAGGGGGACCUGGACGAGCACCUCACCGCGUUCCGGUUCGUGCUGGACCAGGCCAUACCGGACACUGACUUCAGCGGAAUCGGGAUAAUAGAUUUCGAGUCCUGGCGUCCCGUUUUCCGCCAGAACUCCUGGGGCGUGCUGACCCCGUACAGGAACCUGUCGUUACACAUAGAGAGACAGCGGCAUCCCUUGUGGACGAACAGCAUGAUAGAGAGAGAGGCAAAGCGCCGUUUCGAACGCGCCGGACGUGAGUUCAUGCAGGCAACCGUGGCGCUUGCUCGCCUGCUGCGGCCGCAAGCCAAGUGGGGAUACUAUGGGUUCCCGUACUGCUUCAAUAUGGCGGGCUCCAAGCCAGUAGAGACCUGCCCCACAAUCGUACAGCAAGAAAAUGAUCAGAUAUCUUGGCUUUGGACUGAGAGUACGGCACUCUACCCUUCAGUGUACAGUUCGAAGAACUUAAGCUCAGCUCAACUAGCAGGGCUCAUACGCGGUAGGGUGGCGGAGAGUGCGCGAGUGGGCCGUGGGGUGCCUAUACUACCCUACUUUUGGUACAAGUACAGGGAUGCCGGAUUUAUGUCAGAGGUGGACUUAAAAACAGCACUAAAAGCCAUGUAUAAAUCACACACUUCUGGAUUUAUAGUAUGGGGAAGUUCUAACGACGUCAAUUCGGUUACAAAGUGCGAAAAACUUAAAACUUACUUGGACUAUAUCCUCGGACCCGAAAUAGCCAAAUAUACAAAACAGACAUACAAAAGAGAUGAAUCAAAUUAUAUUAGCCAUGAUACGACACCAAAAAAUUUCGCUACACAAAAUCCAUUGUUUUUCAUAACUGGUGAUUCCAAGGACGAUGAAAAUCAGAAAGUGGAUUCUGAAAAUGAAGAAAUGAAUGAGAACUCAGAAAAAAAUCAAUAUCAACUCGAGGAUGAAAUUAUCAAAAGUAAAAAUGAUUCUGCUAACGCUAAAAAUGAAGAUAAUAUUUUAUUAGAUAUCGUUUUAAGUUUAAUUGAAAACCUACACAAAAGUUACGAUAAAAAGGCAAUAGACGCGAAAAUGAAGAAAGUUAAUAAGGAUCGAAAGAAAGGCACACCAAUUCAUGAUACUUUUACACAAUUUAGUGAUUAUGAGUUGGAUUUAACAACAAAAAGUCCCAUAAAACAUUUAAAAAAGAAAGGUGCCCUUUUCAAUUUUCUUUAUCCACCUAAAAACACAGCAAAAAUUACCUCAACAACAGAUGACAGUUUAGUAACGGAGCACAAUUUCAUGUCUACUACAAUAGACGUGUUGUAUGAUAAUGACAACUUGACUAUUUUUGAUAGACAAGAUUCAUUUUUAGAUAAGGAUUUUAAUUACACUACUGCUAGUGAAAUUGACACUGAAAAUACCAGUACGGAUUCCUACAAAGAAGAUGAAACUACGGCACCGAUAUUUUUUGAUUAUGACUUUAAUUACACUACGGGUAGAGAAAAUGAUAUAGAAAAUACCGAGACUGUUUCCACUAAAAUGGAUGAAACCACAGUACCGAUAUUUUUUGAUUAUGCAAUUAAUUACACGAUAUCUGCGGAUGCUACAACUGAAAAUUCUUAUGAUAUUCAAAGUACAACAGAAUCAGAAAAGGGAUCUGCAAAUAGCGGUGUAUUCAGUAUUGCUGAUAGGACGACAACUGAAGACGACGCAAUUAACGAUACUGAGACUGAUGAUUCUGAAUAUCAGGUACCUGGGUCUUCACAAGUUGACAGAAAGUACUUCAUUUGCUUAUUCUUCCACUUCUAUUUCGUGUUUAUAUGCCUUUGUGAUAUGUGGUCAGAGUUAAGACUAUAGUCUUAUAUGUAGUGGCCGGUGUCUUUUUAAAUGUGCUUAUUAUCUGUGAUAUAAUCUUAAUUAUUAAUGUAAAUAUGUAUAGAGUCAGUACAAUGUACUUCAUUAAAUAUUGUUAGAGAUGUU